AAAUUUCCACCGGGGAGGGAGAGUGGCUGGAUGCAGAGAGUUUGGAGUUGCUUGCGGCGGAGGGCAGGAAGGGGAGCAGGGCCGGGAAAGGGGGCUGGCGGGCGCUAUAUCUGGGAGUAAGUUUCCAGGAUCGGGAGAGCCUGCACGCUUUCUCGCUACUCUGCUCGCCCCCCCAUCUCACCCCCCAAGCGAAGACUGGCCUUCUUGUCGGAUUGCCCAUGCACUUGUUGCAGAAACAGCCAAGAAAAGCAACAUGUUAUAGAAAAGUGGGAGCAGACAGAAAAUCAUAGAGAAGAAAAUAAAAAUCGUCCAUAAUCCCACCCUUCUGGGAGAAACCAGCAUGAGGAUUCUGAGGGGAGCGGGAACAACGAGAGAUCACGACUGCCCCAGAAGAUCCCAGUUCAAGCUCUGACCACGUCAUUCGCUAACAGAGUGCCCCUGAAAAAUGUGGGAGCUUUUAAACCCUCUGUUUCUUUAUCUGCAAAAUGAAGGUGAUAAGACCUUUCUGACCAGAGGAUGAAGGCCCCGGCUCUGGAGGAUGCUGAAAGAGGAAGACACGGAAGCAGGACGACCCUGAGAGAUUAAGCCUCUUAAUCGUGAAACAGAACUAGGCCUCCUCUUCCCACCUGCCCAGCAGCAUGAGAGCAGCACGACUGGCCGGCCGCAGGAGAAGCCCCCAGAGCCAGGCCCCCAACCCGACCAUCUGCUGCGGAGGCCAAGUUGUGAGCAGCAUCUCUUCACCACCGUGGUGUUUGGUCCGUACCUCAGCCCGGGUGAGGAUGUAAACCCCCCGGCCCUGCACAUGCGUGGUAGAGGCCAACAGGAACACCUGGCUCCAGCCACAGUCAUGGACAUGUCAGCCGUGGAGUAGUGUGGACGCUUUCUCUCUGCUUCUCAGGGUUUCAGUCCUUUCGGGUUUGUGUCAUUGAUCAUUUUUUAUGGUUUUGUGGCUGGACGUUCACGAUCAAGGCAGGCAGCAUGGGGGAUCAGCAACUGUACAAGACCAAUCACGUGGCCCACGGUGGUGAGAACCUUUUCUACCAACAGCCACCACUUGGCGUCCACGGUGGGCUGAACCACAACUAUGGGAAUACAGUCCCCGGGGCUGGAAUGGAUGCCCCUCAGGCAUCACCCAUCUCCCCCCACUUCCCUCAAGACACUCGGGAUGGUCUGGGCUUGCCUGUUGGCUCCAAAACGCUUGGCCAAGUGGACACCUCAAGGCAGGGAGGGUGGGCAGGCCAUGCAGGGCCUGGAAACCAUGUCCAGCUACGUGGCAACCUGACCAACUCGAACAUGAUGUGGGGAUCUCCAGCCCAGGCGGAGCCCACCGAUGGCUACCAGUACACCUACUCCCAGGCCAGCGAGAUCCGGACCCAGAAGCUCACCAGCGGUGUCCUGCACAAGCUAGACUCUUUCACCCAGGUGUUUGCCAACCAGAACCUGCGAAUUCAGGUCAACAAUAUGGCCCAGGUGCUGCACACCCAGUCAGCGGUGAUGGACGGAGCCCCUGAAAGCGCCCUCCGCCAGUUGCUGUCCCAGAAGCCCAUGGAGCCCCCAGCACCGGCUCUCCCUUCCCGCUACCAGCAGGUGCCCCAGCAGCCUCACCCUGGUUUCACUGGCGGGCUGUCCAAACCAGCCCUUCAGGUUGGGCCACACCCAGGCCAAGGGCACCCGUAUUAUGACUACCAGCAGCCACUGGCCCAGAUGCCAGUGCAGGGAGGACAGUCACUGCAGGCCCCCCAGAUGCUGUCCCAGCACAUGCAGCAGCUGCAGCAGCACCAGUAUUACCCGCAGCAGCAGCAGCAGCAAGCCGGGCAGCCGCGGAUGUCAGCGCAAGAAAUGCAGCCGCCGCCGCAGCAGAUUUGCCCAGCGCAGCCCCAGCAGCUGCAGCAGCGGCAGGGUUCGAUGCAGAUACCUCAGUAUUACCAGUCCUCACCCAUGAUGCAGCAUUUGCCAGAGUCGCGGCAGCCACAGAUGCACCUGCAGCCCCCUUCUUAUCACAGGGACCCCCACCAGUACACCCCGGAGCAGGCGCACGCUGUCCAGCUGAUUCAGCUGGGCUCCGUGCCCCAGUACUACUACCAGGAGCCCCAGCAGCCCUACGGCCACCCCAUUUACCAGCAGAGCCACCUGCCCCAGCACCAGCAGCCUGAGGACGGUCAGCCCAAGACUUAUCCAAGCGACAGGCAGGCCCAGGCCAUGCUGAGCUCCCAUGGGGACCUGGGGCCUCCAGAUACAGGAAUGGGUGACGCAGCAAGCUCGGACCUGAACCGGGUCAGCAGUGUGCUCCCCCACCGGCCGCUCCUGUCCCCCAGUGGCAUCCACCUCAACAACAUGGGGCCUCAGCACCAGCAGCCGUCUCCCAGUGCCGUGUGGCCCCAGAUGCACCUACCUGAUGGCAGAGCCCAGCCAGGGUCCCCUGACUCAAGUGGCCAACCAAAAGGAGUGUUUGGGGAGCAGUUUGAUGCCAAGAACAAGCUGACAUGCUCCAUCUGCCUGAAGGAGUUCAAGAGUCUGCCUGCCCUGAACGGCCACAUGCGGUCCCACGGGGGGAUGAGGGCCUCCCCCAGCCUCAAACAGGAGGAAGGAGAGAAGGCCUCGGCGCCUCCGCCUCAGCCGCCACUGCCGCCUCCGCCUCCGCCGCCACCGCAGCUCCCACCCGAGGCGGAAAGCCUCACGCCUAUGGUCAUGCCCGUGUCUGUCCCUGUCAAGCUUCUCCCGCCCAAGCCCAGCUCUCAGGGCUUCGCCAACAGCGUCGCUGCCGCCCCCUCAGCCAGAGACAAGCCAGCCAGCUCGAUGUCGGACGACGAGAUGCCCGUGCUCGUGAGGAUGACCCUCUCUCCCCCACACUCACCCCAAGGGGCUGCCCCCCACCCGCCUGCUGAAAUUCCCAAGAAGCAUCAGCCAGGCUUGGCCAAAGCUGAGGAAGCCCUCAAGACCGCGCCGGAGAAGAAAAAGUUCCGGCACCGGCCGGAGCCGCUCUUCAUCCCGCCUCCGCCCUCCUACACGCCCAACCUCGCCGCCUCGCACUCUGGCGCCACCCUGUACCAGAGCCAGCUGCGCUCCCCGCGCGUCCUGGGCGACCACUUGCUCCUCGACCCCGCCCACGAGCUGCCCCCCUACACGCCCCCGCCCAUGCUCAGCCCGGUGCGCCAGGGUUCGGGGCUCUUCAGCAACGUGCUCAUCUCCGGCCACGGCGCCGGCGCGCAUCCGCAGCUGCCCCUCACGCCCCUCACGCCCACGCCUCGCGUGCUGCUCUGCCGCCCCAACAGCAUCGAUGGCAGCAACGUGACAGUCACCCCAGGGCCUGGAGAGCAGACCGUUGAUGUCGAACCACGCAUCAACAUUGGCUUGAGAUUCCAAGCGGAGAUCCCGGAACUCCAGGAUGUCUCUGCCCUGGCCCAGGACACACACAAGGCCACACUGGUAUGGAAGCCCUGGCCAGAGCUGGAAAACCACGACUUCCAGCAAAGAGUGGAGAAUCUCCUGAAUUUGUGCUGUUCAAGUGCGUUGCCAGGUGGAGGGACCAAUUCUGAAUUUGCUUUGCACUCUCUCUUCGAGGCCAAAGGUGAUGUGAUGGCUGCUCUGGAAAUGCUGCUGCUGCGGAAGCCAGUCAGGUUAAAAUGUCACCCUUUAGCAAAUUACCACUAUGCCGGUUCGGACAAGUGGACCUCCCUAGAAAGAAAACUGUUUAAUAAAGCACUAGCCACUUACAACAAAGACUUUAUUUUUGUACAGAAGAUGGUGAAGUCCAAGACGGUGGCUCAGUGUGUGGAGUACUACUACACGUGGAAAAAAAUCAUGAGGCUGGGGAGGAAACACCGGACACGGCUCUCGGAAAUCAUCGACGAUUGUGUGCCAAAGGGAAAUCUUCUCACAUGUUGUGGAAAACACGUAUGUGUGUGUAAAAAUUACGUCUUACAACAGAUUACUAAACUCUCGUCUGCAACCAUCAGGGAAUGUGUUUAGAAUUCAUAAACAUCGUGAAUAUUUGUAAUUAUACUUUCAUUCCCAAUUGUGUCCCCCAUGUAAGUGUUACUAGCACAUAUGUGGGUUAAUCUCUUUCACAGACGUUUACAUAGUGCUUCAUACAUUCCAGGCAUUGUACUAGGAGGCACUUUACACAUAUUGACUUUUUUACUCCUUAUACCAAUUCUGUGAGGUAGGAAACUGAGGCACAGAGCCUAGGUAACUUAGCCAUGGUCAAAAGGCUGGUGAGUGUGUUGUCUGAGCCUGAUUCCCUGGUGUAACACUUAAGAGCAAGCAAAUGCAAAUCCUCUUAGAGAAGUGCAAAAACACUUGGACUCAUUAAUGCUUCAAAGCCUAAGUUCCUAACUAAGAAUUGAUCCUAGCUAAGAAAUAUAUACACAUAUAUAAAUUUAUAUUUGGACCCAAAUAUAAAAAAAAAUAGACAUCUGUAGAAUAGAAUGGUAUUGCCAUUCUUUUGAUCAGAGAUGGCAGUAUUCUAUAUUCAGGGUUUCCUAUGAUGAGUUUUGUUUGACUGCCUUAAGUAGUGAUAUCUUAUAUCUGAAUAGCCUUUUUCUCACCUGUGGCUAAUGUUUAAAAAAGCAACAUGGCCUCUUCUGGUUCAAUCAACUAAAAACAAUUGAGUUCCCACUAUGUCUGCAGUGCUGUGGGUGACCCGGGGCUGUAAACCGGCCUCUGCACCCUGCCCCAGGAGCAUAUAUUAUAGGUGGGAAGAUGUGGCAUACACAAGGAGAAAGUUUACUGUGAACCCCAAGAGUCUUUAAAAGUAGUAUGAGAUGAGGUCCAGAAAGUCUUAGAUAUGGCCUUUGGGGACUCUCUCUCAUCCAGCUCCACCAGUCCUCAGGCAGAAGGUUGAGGCCCAGCGAGGGGAAGGGGCUUGCCCAAGGUCACACAGAGCAUUGCUUUCUGAAUGAGCAGAAUAGACAGUAAAUGAGGAAGCGCAAAGAAUACUGGCCUGGGAGACCUAGGACCUGGCCCCUACGCUUACUGACCAGUAAAAGGGGGCCGAUGGUUUAGAUGAUUUGGAAAGUUCCUUCCAAUUCUGGAAUGUUCUGGGAUCUGUCAGAGUCAUGUUUUGGAAGAGAGCAAAAUCAGAGGAUAUGGUUUCCCAAAUCAAGUUGAUGUCUCUUCAACUUUGGUGUUACCAAGUGCCUAGGACAGUGCCUGACACAAUAUCAGCACUCAGUAAACGUUUGUUGAAUGAAUGAGUGAACGUUUUUCCCAGGUAGGAGUCGCUCUGGGUCAUGGCAACAAUCCCUCUAUGAACUCCCUGGGAAGAGAGGGGGUGAACCAGGAGAUUCUGAGUGGAGGAGGGCUACUAAGGAAGGUGUGACCACGUUAGGCACAGGCGCCAUCUUGGACCAGCAGUGUCUUGCAGGUGGGUGGAAAGGCCCGAGCCAGCGUGUAGCCUCAGACUGAGGAGGAAAGGUUAAGACGUCACCCCAGGCACCACACCUCCUUGGGCUUAUUUGCCAGGAGCCGAUAUUAGGCUGGGUCAGGUGCAACCACACCUUGUGACCUGUGAGCUGAAUGUGCAGAGAUGAUUCAGGCCCCCCCAAAAACAAGAAAAUCUUGAUUCAAGGCCACUGUGGUAGCUCACAACUCCCUUUAGGGCACUGUGAAGACACAGUCAACCUUCUGAGGAUAGUUUGCCAAGUGGACAUGAAAAACUGGGACCAUGCAAGGACGGCGAAGGUGCAGGAGGCACAGUCCUAGGAGGGGGUCCUGCUCUUGUCCUCUGGGCCUGCCUGGGACACUUGGUAGCUCUCCUCAAUAUUUUAUUAAAGGGAGUAUAUUCCCCCCAUAUGGAGCACAGUCGGGUAGCUCAGGGACUUUUCAAGGGAGACGGGGGGGGAAGAAAGGAGGGUGAGGAGUGACUGCUCUUUAGGGGCCAGGAGGUCAGCAUAGCACAAGCUCAUCCAGCAGGUGA